UCUUUCAUGCCAAAAAUCAUUAGGAUAUUAAGUAAAGAUCAUGUUCCAUGAAGAUAUUUUGUAAAUUUCGUAUUGUAAAUAUAUCAAAACUUCAUUUUUGAUCAUUAAUAUGCAUUGCUAAGAACUUCAUUUGGACAAAUUUAAAGGCGAUUUUCUCAAUAUUUAGAUUUUUUUGCACCCUCAGAUUCCAGAUUUUCAAAUAGUUGUAUCUCAGCCAAAUAUUGUCAUAUCCUAACAAACCAUAAAUCAAUGGAAAGCUUAUUUAUUCAGCUUUCAGAUGAUGUAUAAAUCUCAAUUUCGCAAAAUUGACACUUAAGACUGGUUUUGUGGUCCAGGGUCAAAUUUAUCAAUUUUAAACGUAAUAUACACUACAGUUAAAAUUAUGAUCAAGUACUUUACGUGUGCUUUAGUAUGUUAGUCAACACAUCUAAAUAAGUGCACUUCUUUAAAGCAUGACAAAAGAUAAUUACAAUAAUGAUUUAAAAUGUAUUUUAAAGUAAAACUUUUCAUUUUGCUCUCUGUACGUGUGCUUAAAUGCCAUUUUAUUUCAUAUAUGAGCUGCAAGCACAGUUUUUGAAAGAAUGCCUUUAAGAUUUGAAGUACACUACAAUUGCACAUUUAUCACAAUUAAACACACUUCUUUUUCAAAAGGCUAAGUUUUAAGAGUAAUCUAGCAGUGAAAAAUCACAGAUUUCUCCACAAGUCAUAUCAGCUUUCCAAGCAAAGCUGUUGCAAUAAUCCAUUGUUAUUUUAAGUCAAUGGGAAGAUAAUGAUUAAAAGGAGUAAUGCUGAUGAAAAACCACACGUUGCAUAACUGAGUCAAAGGCCAUCAUAUGAGGAGGAAACGGAGAGAGAGAGAGAGAGAAAGAAGGAAUUAGUUAACACUGUAAACAGAGUGACAGCACAAGUAGUAUUUUAAGGAAAGACAAAGAAGAAGGAAAGAAAAAGGCGAUGAAGACUGAUAGAUGUAAGAAACUGUCAUGUAAAGAGCAACCUUUGGACCCAGAAAGGCCUGGAAGAAUAGAGAGCCUAGAUGUGAAUUCCAGUCCUUCGUUGUUGCUGAAUAUUGCCCUUGCACUCCAACAUGUGUUGGUACUGUCCUCUCUGUGUGCGCUGGUUGUGGAUACACUAAUUCAGGAAGUAGAUAAAGAAAGAAUAGUGGCCUACGUGCUCUUUUGCUCAGGUAUAUCUACACUGCUGCAGAGCUGGAUUGGAUCACGUUUGCCAUUGAUCCUGGCUCCAUCUUUGGACUUUCUGAUCCCUGCCUUGACUCUGCUUUCAGCUCAGUCAGGGACUGCUGUGGCCUGCAGGGGGCAGUGCACUGAACCAGAGGAGCCUGUGGCCCCAGCGCACCCAAUAAGAGAGUUGAAAGGCAUGGCUGUGGUUGCAGGUUUGGUGCAGCUCGCUGUGGGUUUGACUGGUCUGGCUGGCUUUGCACUGGGACAUUGUGGACCAUUAGUUCUGGCUCCUCUUCUCUGCAUUCUGGGUUUUUCCAUCUUCAGGGAGGCAGCACUGUUUUGUUCUGACCACUGGGGCAUGGCUGCACUGGCAAUUGUUCUUCUGGUGAUCCUGUCACAGCACCUGCACUACUUUCUGCAGCUGUCGGUGUUCUCCGUCUGCAAGAGACUUUCUGUACUUCUGUCUGUGAUGGUGACGUGUGGUGUUUGUGCUGCACUGGUGCACUGGGGACAUGUCCAUCUGAACUCUGUGACUCAGAUGCUCUCAACAAAGAGAAACGCCACCUUCAUUCAGUCCAGGAACGGUCCACACUCAUCUGACUUUGGCUUUCCUAAUGACUCUGUACCCUGGCUGGACUUUCCCCUUCCUGCGCCAGCACUCCCCCUGCUGUCUGGAAAAAGCAUUGCCGCAGGAGUGGCAGGAGGCCUGUCUAGCAGCAUUAGCUCUCCGGCUGUGUACGUGGUGGCAGCUCGGCUCCUGAAGGUUCCUGUGCCCCCAGCACAUGCCUGUAACAGGGGCCUGUGUGUGGAUGGACUGGGAAGUGUGCUCUCUGGCCUGAUGGGGGCGCCAGUAGGACUGUGCAGCAGCGUGCCUAACGCAUGUGUUAUUGGGCUCAGCCAGUCUGGGUCCCGGAGCACAGUGCAGCUCGCUGGGGUGUUGUUGUUAAUUCUGGGUGUGUCUCCUCAAUUAGCUCAGAUGCUCUGCUCAGUCCCUCUGGCCAUCCAUGGUGCUUUGCUCGGCGUGACCUACACGCUUGCCGUAGCAACAGGCAUAACUUAUUUCCAACAUGCAGAUGUUGACUCUGGACGCAACAUUUUCAACAUCGGCUUUACAGUGUUCAUGUCAUUAGCACUGCCUCGCUGGUUCAGACUUCACUCUAGUUUUAUACAAACAGGUGUACCCAGUGUUGAUGUUUUUCUCCAGUCUCUUUUAACCUUACCCGUUUUCUUUGUGGGGGUUUUGGCUUUUCUUCUAGAGCACACUGUUUCAGGGACUUUGCCUGAGAGGGGUCUUGUGCGACAUGAAGGCACAAAGAAGAUUCUGUCUCUGGCUGACCAGCAGCAGGGUUACAGCCGUAGUCCAGACGCGGUGUAUGACCCACCUCCACCUGUGAUGAAAGUGCUGGACCUGAGCGGCUUGAGAACCGUCCCGUUCUGUGCCUGCAGAAGCCCACCGGUUGAAGAGGUGGUAGUGGCUGUACCAGAGAUGUCUAGCUUAUUACCGGACAAGGAUGCUGGUGUUAGCACGAUCCUUCCAAAACUGGUUUUCGAGUGACAUUCUCAUUCCCCCUGCUUGCUUUCAUCUGUCAUUGUCCAUCAUGCUCCAGGGAUGGAAGUGUGUUGGAUCCAGCACAUGAGUCCCAACCCAGUGCAGCAGUGAGG